UUUUCUUUCUUCCUCCUAUCAGACUCUACCAGUUUCCCAUCCCUUCACAAUGAGACAGGGCUGGGUUCAUUUCUUCCCUUCACCCUGUAGUUGAUAUUUCUAAAUGUGGAGAAAGUGCUGGAUUAGAGAUGGCAGAUAGUGUCAAGAUCUUCCUUAAUGAUGUCAUCAGGGGAAUUAAAGAUUCCAUAUGGGGGAUCUGCACUAUCUCCAAGCUGGAUGCUCGGAUCCAGCAGAAAAGAGAGGAACAGCGAAAAAGGAGAGCAAGCAGUGUCCUUGCCCAGCGAAGAGCACAGACUGAGGAGAGGAAGCAAGAGACUGAACCGCGGAUAGUAAGUCGAAUAUUUCAAUGUUGUGCGUGGAAUGGAGGUGUAUUCUGGCUUAGUCUCUUCUUGUUCUAUCGAGUAUUCAUCCCUGUUCUUCAGUCAGCAACAGCACAUAUAAUUGGUGACCCCUCUUUACAUGGUGAUGUCUGGUCAUGGUUGGAAUUCAUCCUCACGUCCAUCUUCAGUGCCCUUUGGGUCCUUCCUCUCUUUGUUCUCAGCAAAGUUGUCAAUGCCAUCUGGUUUCAGGAUAUUGCUGAUCUGGCAUUUGAAGUGUCAGGAAGGAAGCCCCAGCCUUUUCCCAGUGUCAGUAAAAUUAUUGCUGAUAUGUUGUUUAACCUUUUACUGCAAGCUCUCUUUCUCAUCCAGGGGAUGAUUGUAAGUUUGUUUCCCAUUGAUAUCAUAGGCCAGCUGGUCGGCCUGCUUCAUAUGUCGUUGCUCUACUCUCUGUACUGUUUUGAGUACCGUUGGUUUAACAAAGGUUAGUGCGCCUGUUUCUUUCAAAACCU